AUGGUCUCUGUUCUCAAUUGCCCUAUUUCUGCCUGUACGCGCACCUUCUCAAACCAAGCCGGGCUCACGCAGCACGUUAAUGCUUACCACCAUCAACAUCCUGACUCAGAGCCUGACUCAAGUGACGGCGAUGAAGAGUCCACGCAAACAUGGUCGCAUCCCUUCCUCACAGCACAGCCAUGUGAUGAGCUUGGGAAUUACCUCCCUCCGCACACUCCGCCUCCACCGUUUGAACCUUUGGACGCAACACCAUCAAAUCCAUGGAACCCAUUCCCUGACCGCCUUGCUUUUCAAUGGGCAGACUUCUAUUUCAGUGAUUUACAAGCCUCGGAGCGUCGCAUCAACAAAGGGCUUGAACUAUGGGCUGCAGAGGUGGAGAAAUCAAAUUCGGAAUCUCCGUGGAAGAACGCAGAUGAUCUAUUUUCUACCAUUGAUGCUAUCCAGGAAGGUGCCAACCCAUGGGUUUCAGUUCCUUUCCAUUAUCACGGCACUUUGCCGCCGAACCCACCAAAGUGGAUGACAGACACAUACGAACUGUGCAUGCGCAACAUCCUUUCUGUCCUCUGUGAGCAAAUCUCAUGUACAAGCUUCAAUGGACAUUAUGAUUAUGUUCCAUAUCGACAAUUCAAUUGCUCUGGUGAUCGGGUGUGGACAAAUUUGAUGUCUGGUGAAUGGGCGGCAAAACAAGCCGAUAUAAUCUCGCGUGAUGACUCUACGCACGGUGCAAUGUUUGUUGGUGUUGUAGCUGGCAGUGACAAGACUGUCGCAUCCGUUGCAACUGGACAUCAAGAGUUUCACCCUGUUUACAUUGGACCAGGAAACAUCGAUAACUCAGCACGUCGUGCGCACGGAAAUGGAAUGCUACCCUGUGCAAUCCUUCCCAUCCCCAAAGCUAGUCAAAAAGAGCGGAAAACCAUUGUAUAUCAACGUUUUUGUCGCCAACUUUACCAUUCAUGUUUGGCAUUCCUUUACGGACCAUUGAAACAGUCCAUGACUGUCCCGGAAGUGAUACGCUGCCCAGAUGGCCAUUACCGACGGGCCAUUUUCUCAAUCGGGCCGUAUAUCGCAGACUAUCCCGAGCAAGUGUGGUUAGCUGGGAUCGUCUCGACUUGGUGUCCUAAAUGUGAUGCACGCCCAGAGCAUCUUGAUGAUAGCACCGCUCAUCUACGAACUCAUGAGAAGGCUGAUGUGCUGUUGGAGCUUUUUGAUCCCGGGAUUGUAUGGGAUGAGUAUGGUUUGCGUAGCGAUGUUGUGCCGUUCACUCAUGGAUUUCCUCGUGCGGAUAUCCAUGAGCUCAUUACUCCAGAUUUACUCCACCAACUAAUCAAGGGAACUUUCAAAGACCACCUCGUCACCUGGGUCCAAGACUACAUACUACAAACUCACACAAAGUCAAUAGCAUUGGCCAUCAUUCAGGAUAUUGACCGACGAAUAUCAGCUGUACCACCAUAUCCUGGCCUGCGCCGCUUCCCCGAUGGCAGAGAUUUCAAUCAAUGGACGGGGGAUGAUUCGAAGGCAUUGAUGAAGGUCUAUCUUGCUGCCAUUUGCGGGCAUGUUCCUGCGGAAAUGGUACGGUCAAUCACUGCAUUUGUGAAUUGCUGUUACCUCGUUCGGCGUAACUCUAUAUCGACUAAGGACCUUCAACGCUUCCGCCUCCAUCUUGCCGACUUUCAUCACUACCGACAAAUCUUUCUUGAUAAGAAUGUUCGUUCCGACCUAUCAUUACCACGGCAGCAUGCACUCAUGCACUACGCAGAUGGCAUUGAACUCUUUGGGUCCCCAAAUGGGCUAUGUACGUCGAUAACCGAGUCGAAGCACAUUCCUGCGAUCAAACAACCUUGGCGUCGGUCAAACAGAAAUAAACCCCUCAAGCAAAUGCUUCAAACGAUUGUUCGGUUAGAUAAGAUGUUCGCCCUACGGCAAGUAUUCACGCAACGCCAAAUGUUGGCAGGCUCCAUCGUUGAUCACACUGCAAGGGCCGUAGCCAACGACCACCCCCCAAUUCUGCCGUUCCGAGGUUCUACUCUGGCGUUCGAUUAUGGGGAGGACGAGACAAGUGACAACGAGCAGCAAGAGAAGCCACUAGAUAUUGAAUAUGAGUCUGUUUCGGGACCACGCACAGAUACACUGGUUUGGUUGGCGACAAGGCGACAAUACGGCUACCCACAAAUGUUAACUGCGCUCGCUGAUCACAUCAGCCUGCCUGAUUUCCCUGACACCCUUCGCCAGUUUAUACAUACCCGCAACCAUCCUCUAGCCGACCUAUCACAGAAUGGAUCCACCGUAGACAACUUGUUCAAUGGUCCGAUUCAUGUCUAUCAUUCGGCUACCAUUCAAUUCUACGCUCCAAGCGAGCUAUGUGGGGAGGGUGGGAUGCAUCGGGAAAUGAUUCGUUCCAACCCCCGCCUUAGCGGCUCACCACGCUACGACACCGUUUUCGUCUCAGCAGGCAGGGAGGACGGUGACACAAUGAAUGGCCUGCUUGUGGCCAGAGUUCGGCUUCUGUUCUCGUACUUCGAUGUGUACACGGAGAAGCAAGUACCGUGCGCGUUAGUUCAUUGGUUCGUUCACCCAGACAACAUGCAAACUCGUCACCCGGACACAGGAAUGUGGGUUGUCAGUGCGGAGCAUGAGGAAGACGGCUACCAACCUAUGCAAGUUAUCCACCUCGAUACAAUCCUUCGCGGGGCCCAUUUGGUACCAUGUUUUGGCAACGGCUUUCUCCCAGAGAGUUUCGACCACAGUGAUGCCCUUGACGCAUUUGAUAACUACUUCGUUAAUCAAUUUAUUGACUAUCAUGUACACGAACUUUUGACUUAG